UUAAAUUUAAUAUUUGAUUUAAAAUUGUGCAAAAUUUUUACAUAAUUAUUAACCAGGAUUAAAAUGUGCGAUAAUUUUAAUGGUAAACGCGUGUUGGUCACCGGCGCCGGUAGAGGCAUUGGGAGAGAAAUAGUGAAACAAUUAGUGGCCGCCAACGCACGGGUAGUCGCUUUAAGUAAAACCCAAAGUAACCUGGAUUCAUUAAAAGCCGAGUACCCAUCAGUUGAGACCAUACGCUGUGAUCUAUCGAAAUGGGAUGAGACUACCGGUGCGGUCGAAAAGGCGGGUGCUAUUGAUCUACUCGUUAAUAACGCCGCGUUCGCCGCCUUAACCCCAUUGGGCGCUAUCGAUGAGUCAAUUAUUGAUCAGUUUGUAUUAUUUUAA